ACAGCCGGGCCCUUGUUCCGCGUCCACGUGAGGAAAGGGGGCCGCGCCGAGCUCCCCUGUGACGUGCUGACCGCCGACCCCACAGACCGCGUGGUGCUGGUGCUGUGGUACAAGGAUGGUGUGGGCGCCCCGAUCUACAGCUACGACUCCCGGAAGAACCAGGUCAACGAGGUGAGGGAUUGGGCGGACCAGAAGUCUCUCGGCGGCCGCGCGCACUUCGACCUGCAGUCUAACCCCGCCGAGCUGGUGAUCGACAAUGUCAAGGCGGACGACGAGGGCAUGUACCGCUGCCGCGUCGACUUCAAGAAGAGCCCGACCAGGAACGCACGAACCAACCUCACCGUCGUCAUUCCGCCCCACACGCCCAACAUCCUCACGACGGACACCGGCCAGCCCGUGUGGACCACCGUGGGGCCCUUCAACGAGGGGGAGUCCAUGUCCCUGCUGUGCGAGGUGAAGGGAGGCAAACCGACGCCGCGGGUAACGUGGUGGAUGAACGGGAAGCUGAUAGACGACACGAGCGAGAGGAAGCGGCCCCAGAUAGUGACCAACACCCUCACCAUCAACCACCUGACCCGGAGCCACCUGCAGGCGGCUCUGGUGUGCGAAGCGACAAACUCCAACAGCAGCCUCCCCGUCAAGAGCAUCAUCAGCAUCGAGAUGAACUUCAUGCCACUCUCUGUCAGCGUGCUGGGGUCCCGCGAGCCGCUCUCCGCCGGCCGGGAGUACGAGCUGGUGUGUCAGAGCAUCGGGGCACGACCGCCGGCCUCCCUCAGUUGGUGGCUCGAUGGUAUCCAGCUCACCAACGCCUCGACCUCAACGGCCAGCUCCGGGAACGUGACCCUGAGUACCCUGUCGCUGGUGCCCAAGGACAGUGACGGCGGGAAGUACCUCAAGUGUUUGUCGGAGUCCCCCGUCAUUCACCACACGCCCCUUCAGGACCAGUGGCGCCUCGAAGUAUACUACACGCCCAAGGUCCAGCUCGCCCUUGGGAGUAACCUGAGCCCGGACGAGAUUAAGGAGGGCGAUGACGUGUACUUCGAGUGUAACGUGCGAGCUCAUCCGUGGGUCUACAAGGUCGUCUGGCACCAUAACCAGGGCGUGCAGGUGCAACACAACGUCUCGGCGGGGGUCAUCGUCAGCAACCAGUCGCUUGUCAUCCAGCGGGUCAAGCGGCACCAGACGGGCCUCUACACCUGCGUCGCCUCCAACAUCGAGGGAGACGGCCAAAGCAACGCGGUCAACCUCAGAGUGCAGUACGCCCCGGUGUGCGCCGCGGGGCAGGUGCACGUGUAUGGGGCGGCUCGGCACGAGGAGGUCAGCGUCACGUGCCGCCUGGACGCCGUGCCGCCCGUCGUCCACUUCUACUGGCGGUUCAACAGCAGCGGCGACGUGGUGGACAUCGCCGAGAGUCACGUGGCCACGCAGGGCCUCCAGUCGUCCCUGUCCUACGUGGCGCGAACUGAACUGGACUACGGGACGCUGCUGUGCUGGGGCGAGAACCACCUGGGGAGGCAACGCAAGCCGUGUGUGUAUAAAGUGGUGCCGGCGGGGCCGCCUGACCCGCCGGACAACUGCAGCCUCAUCAACCAGACGACGGAGGCGCUGCGGGUCAAGUGUCAGCCUGGCUAUGAUGGCGGCCUGCUGCAAAAAUUCAUCAUCGAGGCGUACGAGGCGGAAACGAUGCGGCUCCUCCUCAACAUCUCAGAGAAUUCCAUCCCAGAUUUCUCCCUGCGAGGCCUGGAGUCCGGCGCCUCGUACCUCCUCUAUGUGUACGCCGCCAACGAGAAGGGCAUGAGCGAGAAGAAGCAGAUGCAGGGCUACACGCUCAAGGACGUGGCCGAGAAGCGUACUGCCCAGGUCCGCCCGCCCCCCGAAGAACUGGUGCCCAUCACGCCCAUCCUGGCUGUGGUGGUGGGCGUGGUGGGCUCGCUAGUGCUGGUGGCGAUAGUGGCAGUGGUGGUGGUGAGUCUCAAGAGAAAGAAUCGGCCGAGGAACAAGAACAUCACCCUGCACAUCCAAACGUCGCUGGCGGACACGAGGGACCUGGACGACAAGAACCCUGACCUUAUCCCUUCCAACGCUUCCUCCCCCACAGGCAGCGGCGGUGGCGGCGGCGGUGGAGGUGGAGGCGGGGACGGCGCAGUGGAGGGUCUGGGCGUGGGCUGCGUGGGGGAGGGGGACCUCAAACCCCCCACCACACCGGAGGAGGGGGGCUUCGGCAGCGUCCACAUCUGCGCCUCCGUCCCCUACCCCACCAACGUCAUGUACGGCACCUACCCCCGCGCCCCCCGGGGAAUGAACGUUCCCAACCCGCAGGAAGGGGAGCUGAUGUACGCCGAGCUAGCCUUCCCUCACGGCAUGCCCUACCCCCCCGGCACGCUGCCCCGCCGCAAGCCUGACCCCACCAUAUACGCCCAGAUCGACCACGCCAUGCCCGGCCUGCCCCCCACCAUGCCCUGCGUGCCUGUCAGCGGCAGCGGCGCCCUCAUGGAGUGCCCCGCCAGCGGCCUGAUGGGCGGCAACCUGGGCGGCAGCGUGGCGGGGGUGCUGAGUGGAAGCGUGUGUCCCGGCGUGGGCGUCAGCACUAUGUCAGGGCCCACUGCCUUGUGUCCCCCUCCGCCCGUGUCCGUGAUGGCUGACCUCAGCAGAGUGACGUACACGCACGCGCCUCCCCCCCACGGGUUCGGCGGCCACGUCCUCACUCCCCCCGUCCUGCCUGAGGAGGAGGAGCAGGUCACCCCCGACACCCCCCUCAUGAAAAACCCUAAGGAGAGUGAAGUGUGACCCUGUCCGGCGGAGGCGUAUAGUCCGCCCCCUGAGUACUGAGCCAGUGAGUUAGUCCUCCGCCUCGCCCUAAGUGUGACCGUGAGGGUCCCUUGUGUGUGUGUCGGCGGCAGCGAGAACUUGAGCCGUGAUUGAGGCCUGGACGGUAGCGGAGUGGUGAAUGUUGUGGCGUGUUCGUGGGAGCGUGGGUGGAUGCGUGUUCGGGUGGCUAUUGUGGGGACAAGCGUGGGAAGUGACACACACACACACACACACACACACACACACACACACACACACACACACACACACACACACA